UCGGUGGUUCCUCUUCAUAAGGAAGGUCCUUCCGUGUCCUGUCCUGUGUGACGCGGAGCAGCGGCACAUCGGGGCGGGGCGUCUCCAGGAGCUCAGCACUCAGAAUAUUAAAAGGGAAAUAGCACACACAGACUGACUGAACUAUUUACACGCAGAGAAUUUCCCGGAUUUUUACUCGGUGUUCAGGGCCUGGAUGGAGAACAUUUCCGUCACCUACGAGUACGGGCACUAUGAUGGAAUUCCAGAUUUCCCCGUGGACUGCGUUGAUGGCACCUGUGUCUCCCACGGGGCCCUCCGCGUGGCCCCUCUCUCGCUGUAUGCUGUGGUCUUCAUGAUUGGGGUGCCAGGCAAUGCCAUGCUGGCCUGGGUGAGCAGGAAGGAGGCUCGCCGGAGGGUCGGUGCCACCUGGUUUCUCCACCUGGCCGUGGCGGAUCUGCUCUGCUGUCUGUCUCUCCCAAUCCUGUUGGUGCCCAUUGCCCUCAGAGGACAAUGGCCAUACGGGGCAGUGGGCUGUCAGGUCCUGCCCUCCGUCAUCCUGGUGUCCAUGUACGCCAGCGUCCUGCUCCUGGCUGCUCUCAGCGUGGACCUCUGCCUGCUGGCCCUCCGGCCCACCUGGUGGGCUGUGGAUCGGCGGGCACGCCGGGUACAGGUGGCCUGUGGGACAGCCUGGGCCUUGGCCUUGAUGCUGACCGUGCCCUCAGCCAUCUACCACCACCUGCACCAGGAGCACUUCCCACCGCAGCUGGAGUGUGUGGUGGACUACGGCGGCUCGGCCACGGCUGAGAACACAGUGACCGCCACCCGGUUUAUUUUUGGCUUCCUAGGGCCACUGGUGGUCGUAGCCACCUGCCACGGUGCCCUCCUCCGCCAUGCAGCCCCACACUGCUGGCCACUGGGCAUGGCCGUUGUGGUGGGGUUUUUUGUCUGCUGGGCCCCCUACCACAUUCUGGGGCUGGUCCUCACCGUGGCUGCCCCACACUCCAAGCUCCUGGCCCAGGCCCUGUGGGCUGAGCCCCUGGUGGUGGGCCUCGCCCUUGCUCACAGCUGCCUCAAUCCUCUGCUCUUCCUGUAUUUCGGGCGGGCUCAACUUCGCCAGUCACUGCCAGCCACAUGUCGCUGGGCCCUGAAGGCGUCACAGAGCAAGGAUGAAAGUGUGGUCAGCAAGAAAUCCACCAGCCAUGACCUGAUUUCGGAGAUGGAGGUUUAGGCGAGAGGAAAACUGGUUUGUAUCCUUCUAUCCCAUUUCACAAAGCUCGCUUCAGGCAUAGGUAGAUCCAGCAGCUCAAUGCUAUUGCCAUUUAUUCCUUUAUUCAUUCAACAAACAUUCAUUAUGCACCUGCUCUGUGCAAGGCCUUAUGGUGGGCACUGGGAUGCAGCAGUGACCAAAACAGACACAAGUUCCUGCCCUCUGGGGGCUGACUUUCUUGAGGAGGAAGACAGACAAUAAAAAAAGAAAUGAAGGAAUUUGGAAUAUGUCUCUUGGGAAAGGUGAUGUUUGAGCCAAGAUCUGAAGAAGGAAGAGAGGAUUCAUGCUUAAAUCUGGAGAAAAACAUUCAAGCAGAGGGAACAGCAAAUGCAAAGGCCCUGAGGCAUACCCCAAGAACAGUGAAGAGGCCAUUGUGGAUGGAGUAGAGUGAGCAAGAGGCAGGGUGGUGUGAGACAAAGAGAGAGAGGUGCUGGGUGGGGAAGAGAAACUUUGAAAGCCUUCUAGGCCAUAGCAAGUGUUUGGGGAUCCAUGUGAGGUUUCUGAGCUACCAUUACCAUAUAAACUAUAA